CUGACUGGCCGAUAGGCGAGGGGAAACGUUUGUGAGACUGGCUGGUUGGUGUGCAUAAUAUAUAUGCGUAUAUCGAGUUUCGCAGUCGGCGAGUCGAGUGUCGAGUGGAGUCAGUGCCGGCCGCCCGCCAGUGUCGUCAUGGUGGACGAGGAGCUGGAGCGGCUUUACUCGCCGAGCAGGUGGUCCAAGCGCUUUGAUGCCACGCAGGUCAUCCAGCACCACGUCAAAGUCGUCUCUACAGAAAGUGAGAUUUCUAAGUCGAGCAUACCAAAUGAAAUCGGUCUGCGAUAUGGCCCGCGACCUGCGCAGCAGUAUGACCUGUAUGGAGGAGAAUCCUUGCCGCAGAACGCGCCAUUGUUUGUGUACAUCCACGGCGGCUACUGGCAGGAGCUGGACCGAAAUAUUUCCGCAUACUGCGUUAGACCCUUAGCCAGGUGCGGCAUCAGGGUAGCCAUCGUCGGCUACACCCUUGCUCCAGCAGCCCCUUUGGAAGAAAUCGUGGAGGAGAUCAGGUGCGCCCUCCAGGUGAUCUUGGACCAAGCCAACUUGAGCGGUUGCCAGUGCGUGUGGGUGGGCGGCCACUCGGCGGGUGCACACUUGGCGCUGUCGGCACUCUUUGGCCUCAAAACCGAGGAGCAAGCGAGCACGGCGGGCCUGCAGCUGCUUCGUGGCCUCAUCCUCAUCAGCGGCGUCUACGACCUCGUGCCACUCAUCAAAACCACCGUCAACACACCCCUCAAGCUCGAUGAAGAGCGGGCCAAGGCGCUGAGUCCGCUGGUGCAGCUCCCGGGUGUGCGUUUGGCAGCGUGGGCACGGCGCCUGCACCUGCUGCUGGCCGUCGGGGAGCACGACUCACCCGCUUUCAUCCAGCAGACCCAACAGCUAGCACAGUUGCUGAAAGGGCGUGUUGCGGAGGUGGAGGUGCUUGAGGUGCAGGGCGUGGACCACUUUGACAUCGUAGAGAACUUGCGCAGCGACAAUCACGUGCUGACCAAGCGGCUCAAAGAGCUCAUCCUGGACAGCAAGCAGCAUUAAACUUGACCCCCGUAGCCAAAAAACACCCCUCGCAUCAUCUGUUGAUCGAAUCGCACGCGCGCAUCUGCUGCUCGCACCUGUCGCUCAGCACCUGGACCCGGCCGCAGCAUCCGUUCAAAUUUAAAUGCUGCAUCUCUUUAAUAUAAUCUCCCUUCCCCCAAACAACUUGAUAUUACACAAUGCCAGUACCAAUUUUCUGAAUAAAAGUAAGCCUUUUCUUGCAUUAUUUGAUUACUUGUAUUAUUUUUUUCAUGUCGAGAACAGUAGAUUUGUAGCGAGACGUUUUCUGUGGAAUACAAUUUUCCAAACAAUCAUCUUUUUCUUAAAAAGUUAUUGGUGGUAAAACAAUUUUUUCGUAUCACUUAACUAUUAAAUCUAGCAGAUAUUGGAUGAUGAAAUUAUUUUUUUAAUUCCUUACUAAAAUUUUGUAUUUCUUGGAUCUGUUUUAAAUUGUCUAAAUAAAAGUAUUUAGAUGACUCUCUCAUUUGAGAUGCGAGCUAGUCAUUAGUAGAUUUCUUAAAUUUUA